AUUUCCAACUAUAUCCUACUUUCACAUACCAAUGUACCAUAUACGAGUCGCUGUAUCCCUAGUUAAAACUAAGGUUUCUCUUUCUUCCUCUUUCCGAGCUCACUGGAUUUUAGGGUUUUAGAAAGAGCUGUUUUCAGAAAUAAGGGAAAUUGGGUUUUAUCAGAAAUUAAGGUGGCUCUUGUUCUCCACAUUGAAUGAGGAUCGGUUUCAUUCGUACAGGUAUUCAACUCAACCCAUAUAAAUAUCUCCUUCCAACAUUUAAACCCUAUCAUCUUCAAAAAAGAUUCAAAUUUUCUUCUCAAGAUAGAAAUCUAACAAUGGAUGCUGCUCCUAAAAAGAGACCCUAUUGUUCUGCUUGUUCAAAACCUGUUCGGGUUUGUCUCUGUUCUCGAUUUAAAGCCCCUUUACUUGAUAACUCCAUUGCUGUCACUGUUCUUCAACAUUCUCUAGAGAAGAAUCAUCCUCUCAAUUCUAUUAGAAUUGCUUCACUAGGACUUAAGAAUCUCACUGUAGUUACUGUGUCUGAUGUUAAUACCGAAGCUGAAUUUCAUAUUCGCUUGCUUAAAUCAAAAUUGUCAAGUGAAGAAGAAGAAAAAGAAGAGCCUUUAAUAGCUGCCACUGUCUCUAAGAAUGGUUAUACAUGUUCUGUACUACAUCAAACUGACUCUUUGAAACCAGAUUUUGAUCAAAUUUUGGCUUCACAAGUAGGCCAAGAUGCAAUCUCAAAUGGGUUUAUGGUGAAGAAGUUGCAGAGGAAACUUGGAAAUAAACCAAACAAGAAAUUAGAUGAGGAGUUUGAAGAACAAGAUGAAGAAUUUGAAAUUGCUGUUCCUCCAGGAACAGCCUUACUGUUUCCGAGUAAAGGUUCGAUAGAUGUAGCAGUGGUGAAUUUUGAGGUGAAACAUUUAAUUGUUCUGGAUGGGACUUGGCAAAAAGCAAAGAGGAUCUAUUAUGAGAAUCCAUGGUUGAAGCUUUUACCACACUUGAGACUGAAUUUAGGCAAGUUGAGUUUGUAUGGUGAAGUAAGGCAACAGCCAAAGGAAGGGUGUUUGUCAACCAUUGAGAGCGUUGUGUUUGCCAUGAAAGGUUUAGGACAUGAUCAAGAAGGAUUGGAUGCUCUUUUGGAUGUUUUCGAAUCUAUGGUUGGUGAUCAAAGACGAUUCAAAGAUGAAAAUAUGAGCAGAUCUCAGCCUAGAGCAACCAGGGGUUUGAGGCUUUGAGCAGGUGCUACCUUCGCAGUCUGCUUGCAAAGUCUGGUUAAAAGGCACUUGGGUCUUGAGGUACCAAGGCUCUUAAAAAGCAAUCUCAACACCGUAGGUAAUUCAGCAGCAACAACAAUUAUAUUAGCUCUUAGCAAGAAUUUUAGCUGUAGUCUUGACAUGAGGUGAUUUAAUAGUGUACACAAAUGACUAUAUUACGUUUUACUGGAAAUUAUUUAUGCCUUGUGUAUUGAUGUUGAUUUGGAA